UAUAUGAGAGGUAGUGAGAAAAAGAGGGACGUUUUCCCUUAAGCUAUUGCAUGUUUCCUAGCUUGCUGUAAGCUUUCGUAACUGUCAAGAUACGCGGUCACAGUCUGGCUUCCGUUCGUUACUCUCUGCAGAGACUUGUGAACUAUUCGCCGAAGGUGCAAAGACGGUGGACAAAUAACAAAGUUAUGGAGGGAGUCGACGGACAAUUGCAAACGAAAUAUCAAAAGAUGGCCACGGAAUAUUCGAAAAUUUGUGCUCAGGCGAACGUUUUAAAAAAAGCUGUGAUCGAUGAACAAACGCGUAAUGGGGAAAUACGAGAACAAUUAAAGGAGAAAGAGAUAGAAUUGCGUAGAGCGGAGCAAGAAAUAGAUAGUCUAACUUUUCGCAAUCAACAGUUGACCAAACGAAUAACUGUAUUGCAGGAAGAACUGGAUAAAGAACAAAACAAAUCUAGGAAGGGUAAAGGCAAGAUAUCGGAUAACAAUACUCAAGUAGCUACCUCGUCGAAACAUAUCUUGGAUGAAGAAGUUCAAAAGAAGGCAAUUGAAAAUGCCAAAUGGAUGAUAGAAAUAAUGGAAAGGAAUUAUGAAAUUGAAGGUUUAAGGGAAGCAUUAUAUGAGUUGGAAUAUAAAUUGGAUCUCGUUGAAAAAUCUAAGGUAGAAUUAUGUUGUCAGCAUCGCAGAGAAAUUGACAAGUUAGAGACGGAGAGAAAUGAUUUACAAAGGAAACUUCAUGAGAAGCAAAGGCAAGAAGAAACUAUAUCGUGCUCCAGUACGGAAGGCAAGAGGGAAGGAUAUGAGUGCGAACAAAGAGGAGCAGGAGUUUCUAAUCAAGUAGAUACUUCUCCCGUUUCAUCCCCGUCUCCCUCGCGUAGAUCGUCCAAAUCUUUUAACGAUGGUAAAAUUCCAAAAUUAACCGACGAAAGAGGGUGCUAUUACGAGCCCUCGAAAUCUUACGACAUAGAAAAAGAAUUGCACCAUUGGAAAACACAAUAUCACAUCGUUAAGAUCAAAUGCGACGAGUACGAACGAAAAGAGCAAGAAACAAAUAAAGCGGUUGCAAGGGAAUCCCUUAAUCCCGUGGAAAUAAAUAAUAUGAUUGGAAAAUUACACUCGCCAUUUGCAUUACCCAAGGAAAUAGAAGCUCGCGAAGCGAAAAUAAGAGAGUACUUUCUUGAUGAGAUAAACAAAUUGAUAAUGGAAAAGCACAUUUGUCAUGUUAAAAAUUUGGCCAUGGCUGCUAAUGACGAGGUGAUGCACGCGCAUUUAGAUACGUGCGAGUCGAAAAGAGAAAAAUGUGAGCUGGCACUUUCGGAAGCCCUCUCCAAUUGUAAUAGCCUGCAAAAGGAUAAAGAGACGCAAGAGGGAAAUUAUAAAGCGCAGCUCAGUACAAUGAGCGAACAUCUUGCUAAUAUGAAUGAUAAGCUUAUUUGUCAGACGGAGGAAAUCCAACAAUUAAAAUUUGAAUUGGCAAACAAGAACAAUAGAAAAGGAAAACAAAAGUGAUUUAUACUUGGUUCCCGAGCAUCGACAUCAGAGGCAUUCCAUCGAUAAUAUUAGUAUAAUAUUCACAAUCACGAUAAUCGUGUUCAUUGAUCAAUUUAUAAUUAUGUAUAUAAAUAUGUGUGCCUGUGCGUGUGCGUGUGCGUGUGCAUGUAAGAAAUUCAUGCCAGAUGAACAACGCCAUUUACUAUCCUCAUACUCAGAUUUGUGUUAUGCUAUUUAUGAAAGCAAAAGAAAAUAUUACCAUUGAAUAUGUUCUUUGACAAUAUUAUGUAUGAAGUAUUAGAUAGGAAAUAUAUGAAUAUCAAAGACAA